AUGUCACCUGAACAGGGAGGAAAAAACUACUUACACAGCAACAAGAGUGACACCAUACACUAUUUUCACGAUGGAUGGCCAGCAUACUACAUUCUUGUUUCUCCAGAAGGCAAAAUUGAGGAGCAUAUCUUGGGGCGCGACGUUACGAAGGGUCAUGUUCCUCAACUGAGAGUUCCCGGUGGUUAUCUCAAAUGUGGAAAAAUCUUAGUCGAUGAAAAGAGUUGUUCCUCAUUUCCUGAUGAAAUACCUUUCACGUUGAUGUCAGAGGAGGUUGCCCCAGGCUUUGAUAGCAGAGAUUGUUUUGUGCCUACAGAGAAAGAAGUCCAAUCUUUGUACCCAGAGCUGUGGAACACACUGCAAGAGUACAUAACACCAAAAUUGGAUACUCAGGUCAACAAAGACAAUUAA